GUUUCUGAAGUUUAUGAGGAUGGUGAACAAACGUUUCUUCAAGCCUCUUCUUCCUGGCUUCCACAGCCACUUGACAAUUCCUGUAGCCUUCUUCGUCAAGUAUAUAGAAGCAAAAAACGAGCACCAUACGACGAAGCUAAGAUCAGACGCGUCAAAGAUAACCUGGGAAGUGAAAAUAGAAGAUGGCCAGAAACUCACUGACGGUUGGAAAGAGUUCGCUCUUGCACACGAUCUUCGUAUCGGCGACAUUCUCAUUUUCAAGCAAGAGAAAGACAUGGCUUUCCACGUAACACUCUUGGGACCCACUGGCUGUGAGAUUCAAUAUGAGUCGUGUUCAGAAGAAGAGAACAACUUCGGGAAUAUUCCAAAGAAGAAGAAUUCAAAAAGAGAAGCAGAGUCUUCUUCACUAGAUCCUUCUUGUUUUUUGGCUAAUAUCUGGCCUUCGUCCUUACGCUAUGACUCAUUGAACCUUCCAAGGAGUUUUGUGAGGGCAAAUGGUCUAGAGACAAGAUGUGGAAGAGAGAUCGUUCUGAUAAAUGAAAAGGGUAAAUCAUGGACUUUGGCUUUAAGACAAAAGCUAUCUGGACCUACUUACAUCAGACGAGGGUGGAGAAGUUUCUGUAUUGCCAAUGGUCUUAAAACUGGAGGCGUCUACACUUUCAAACUAAUCAAGAGAGGGAGAGCUCCGGUUCUUCGUUUGUCCUCCACAGAGUCAGAGUUAGAAGAGAGAAACAUCGAGAAGAUUCAGAGGAACAAAGCAGAGUCUUCCUCACUAGAUCCCUCUUGUUUUGUGGCUAAUAUCUCGCGUGCAACCCUACGUUAUGACACACUGGGUCUUCCAAUGAAAUUUUCAAGGGAAAAUGGUCUAGAGGCAAGAUGUGGAGAGAUUGUUCUAAUGAAUGAAAAGGGUAGAUCAUGGAAGCUAAAUCUGAAACGAAAGAGAUCAUGCGGAACUAUGUAUAUCACACAAGGGUGGAGGAGUUUCUGUAGUGCAAAUGGACUUAGAGCUGGAAGUUCUUCCACUUUCAAACUGAUCAAAAGAGGAGGAACUCUGGCUCUACGUUUGUCAUCUAAAGAGACUGAAGAAGAAGAAGAAGAUUGCUCAUUAAAAGCUAAUGAAGUGGAGUCUCUUUCCACAGAACCAGAAAGCGAUGAAGAGGGGAGCCAAGAUGAGAAACAAAUCAAGAAGCAUAGAUCGACAUGGAAAGCUUCAUCUUCACAAUCCCAAAACCGAUUUGUGACACUUACUUUUAGACCUUUCAAUCUUGAAAAGUAUUUACUGUUUCUUCCUUUACGCUUCACCAGGUGGCACGGCAUCAAUGAGGAAACUAAAAUGAGACUGUUGGACAAAAACGGUGUCAAGUGGUCUACGGAUCUGCGGUCUGGGAAAACUAAUAUUGAUAAAAUAAGAUUGGUAGGAGGUUGGCAAGAAUUCUUCAAAGCUAACUGUGUGAAGACAGGUGAAUCUAUCAUUGUGAAGCUGAUAUGGGAUGGAGACAAAAGUUGUAUCCUCAAGUUCUGCUCUAAGGUAAAGCAUGAGACCGAAUGAAACUGUAUCUGUGUACUAUGUUUUAGGAGAUGUUUUAGCUUUCUUUAAGUUCCCAUGACGAAUUAAAAUGAAUCAACGUUGGCCUUUUUGUUGUUUGGGAUUUGUGAAUGUUUUUCUUUUGUCAACGGGAUCUGUUUCAAAAUGCAUAAAGAUUAAGAAAUCUAUUUUUCUC